AAUAAUUUAAAUAAAUUGAAUAUAAAAUAAAAAUAAAUUAUUGAAAACUCCUGAAACAGAAAAAUUGCAAAAUUUUUCCCAAUCAAAUAAUUUUUUUCCUGCAAACGUUAAAUAUAACAGCCUAAAUCUGGAUUUUCAUCAGGAAAGCUUUUUUAACUCCGCUCCGCCCAUAUCAAUGAUGAAUCAGGACAAUCCAUAUGCGAUGAAUCAGACCUGUAAGGUCUGUGGCGAACCGGCGGCAGGUUUCCAUUUUGGCGCAUUCACCUGUGAAGGUUGCAAGUCAUUUUUCGGCCGCUCCUACAACAAUUUGUCUUCCAUCUCGGAUUGCAAAAACAACGGCGAAUGCAUCAUCAACAAAAAGAAUCGCACCGCCUGCAAGGCUUGCCGCCUGCGCAAAUGUCUGAUGGUGGGCAUGUCCAAGAGUGGCUCCCGUUAUGGACGUCGCUCGAAUUGGUUUAAGAUCCAUUGUCUGUUGCAGGAACAGCAGCAACAGGCGGCAGCUGCCAUGGCGGCGCAUCAGCAAAAUCAUCAGCAUCAACAACAGCAACAGGCACAGCAUCAAACGGCGGGGCAUCAUCCGGGUUUGUUGGCGGCCCGGGGUGGUAUACCACCACCAGCUGCCGCGGCUGCAGCCCUAGGUAUGCUGGGCCAUGCCGGAGCCUAUCCAGGGCUCUAUCCACCACGUACCAAAGAAGAAUUGAUGAUGUUGAGCCUGGAAGAAUAUGCCAAACAUCCGGUAACCUCACCCUCGGUUAGUUCGCCGGAUUCCCAUAACUCGGAUAAUUCAGGGGAGGUAAAUGGUAGAGGGGUGGCGGCCAGUAAUCCCGGUUUGCUACACUUAUCAGCCAAACAUGUUGCCGCCGAAUCGGCCUCCGGUUCCUCUGCCUCCACAAAUGUCAAUGUUCCUGCACCCCAUCCCCUGAGGAAAGAUCUACCGCCCUUCUUGCCCUUGUCAUUUCCCGCCCUGUCAUCAAUGCCUGUCAUGCCACCACCCAGUUUUCUACCUCCAUCACAUUUGCUGUUCCCCGGCUAUCAUCCUGCCCUCUAUCAACAUGCCCAUGCAGGGCUGAUGAAACCCUCACCGGAGCAACAGGUUGCCGCCGCAGCAAUGCAUCAAUUAUUUCAAAAUUCUCCCAGAUUUCAUGGUGUUCCCAAUCCCACCACCAGUCCCCUGGCCAUGCAUGAGAGUCAUCACAAACUAACCCCGUCCGAAGAUAAACCUGAUAGUCCUCGAUCCGAUGCCUUGAACAAUAAUCACAUACCCAAUGGCAGUAAGGCUGCCGAGGAGUUAACCAAGAGAUUCUAUUUGGAUGCGGUAUUAAAAUCCCAGCAACAGCAGCAGGCCCAUAGCCCUCCACCAGCCACCAAAUUGCCGAAUAUCAGUAAACAUGAUCAUUCCAUUAGUGCCCUGGUAACACCCAACUCGGAGAGUGGUAGGGCUCAACACAAUCAUUCCCGCCAAAGUAAUGAGGAGGAGGAACAAGAGAGGGAGGAGAGUCCACAUAAAAAUCGCGCUCUUGAAUCCCAAGCCAAUGGCCAUGAUGGGGAGAGGGCCAGAAAUGUGGCUGGAGAAGAGAAUGCUAAUGAAGAGGAGGAUGAAGAUUUAGUGGUUUCAAUGACUCCACCCCACUCCCCCUUAGAGGUGGAUGAUGGUCCACAUCCCAGAUGUGAUGAUGAAAAAUCUCAAAACCCCACCACCGAGCAUAACUCUCAAGACAAUCCCAUCGAUUUGAGCAUGAAAGCAGUGAGCUCGGUGACCAGCACGGUCAGUGAUGGUAGUCAGGAUAGUGGAAGGGGGGCCCAAAUUAGGGCUAAUGAUAAAUGUGAUUCAUCCUCCUCGUCCUCUGAAACAGAAAAUGAAAAGGAAAAGACCGCGAGGGUUUUGGAUCCGUGGAAGACUUCGGAGGAAUUGAUUAGAAAAAGAGAUCAUGAAAAAUCGAAUUUGAAGAGAAAUCUUUCUGAGGAGAGUAACAAAUUGGGAGAACCGGAGGAGAUACCCAGGAAAAUUGCUAAAUUGGGAGCAGCGGCAUUGGAUUUGACACAGAAGAUUUGAGAAACUGCAGAUCGAGAUUAGUAGGAGAGAGAG